AUGUUCAAACGCGUGGGUUCACCCGAAAUCUCUGCAACUUCCGAUGAAUCGGACGAUGACGGCGGACGUUUUCCCCCUAAACCACUUACUAGUGUACACCAAGUUUUGGAGGACUUCAAGGUGUCAUACGUGGGCACUCUCCGAUUCGAUGAGCCAGAAAUCUUUCCCAAGGGAAAAUGGAAGGUCCCGAAGAAGCCUAUCCAUGAUAUCACGAAGGUUCCCAAGGGAUGGUCUCCGAUAGACUAUGGAAUUGAUCCGAGCGAUACCGAUGCCCUGAUUAAACGUUGCCGAGAGCGAAUUGCGGAGAAUGUAAUGCCGCAUAUAUUCGAGAAAGACCUGAAAAGUCUUCUUGAGAGGAAGGCAAAGGAAGAUAAGCUCCACGCUUCCGAGCCCGAAGGUGUAUCCUUUAACGCAGCAAAGCGUAUCAAGCAAUUGAACGAAAUAAAGAAAUGGCUAGAAGGAAAUGGCGAUGAGUUUAACUACCUACCAACAGUCAAAGCUAUCACGAAGGCCUAUAAAAAGAAGGAGCUUGACUGGAACCUCGGACUUGUGACUUAUUGGAUCGAUGGCAAGCCGAUCUGUCAGCCCAGAGUGCAUGACAUGCAGGCUGUCGCGAUUAUUACCCAAGACCCAAAAUUCAAAGAGGGCUUUUGGGUAGAAGGUAGCCGCUUGGCUGGACCCUUGCCACCUGGCCCGGACAACCUUAAUGCCCUAGCUGGGAACCAUUACAGACUGUAUCCGAAGGUCGAUAACAAUCAAGGCACUGGUAUACGUGCAAAUGGAUCUGCUUUAUGUUACGAGCCCACUGCAGCAGAGGGACCUUUUCAGGUCAAGAUGAACAUGAGACUCAAGAUUGCGGGCCCCGACACCCACCCUUGGACCUUUGAAUUCUCGGAUGAUACUGGUGCCGAUUAUAUGACGCUGUAUAAGGACGAUGUGUUCACUAUCUACAAUGCGAAUCUCUUGGGCAACCCAAUGGCGCAGGUUGAUCCUAACACGCCAUUAGGAUUACGACAGAUCACUCCUGUUCUAGGAGUUGCCGAUACGCGCCUUGCAGAUGGUACAAAUGCCCUUCACUAUGUUAUCACGCUUUAUUUCAACCUCGAGGCUGCCUGCCCCGAGGACGAUAUGGUAGGUCUCGGCUACAACCAAGAAUUCUUCCCCAUCGAAGCUCUUAUCCGGGAUGGUAAUAUCCAGGGCGUUGGUGCGCCUCGACUGAACGGACCUGCCAUGAGAGUCUUGUUCAACACCGUUUCAACCAAUACCGACAUGAUCCGACUUUAUAUUGUUGAGAAUCUCCAUCAUGGUACUACAUAUGCUAAGAAGCCACAGAGAAAUAGGCGGCCAAUUAAGUUGCCCGACGCGCCAAAAGCCCUUCUACCAGCAAACAAACCCGUUACCGCUAUGUUUGAUCCAGGUAUACUUGCCGAACCUGAAGAAAAUGUCACUAUGGGCGAUGAUCCUAUGACUCUACCUGAAUUCCCACCAGCCGGGCAGGCGAUGGAAUACCCGGCAAACGUCGGACUCGGGGCACUGGGGGGGCAACCUUUUCCCCCGCAAUAUACCUAG